GCCGAUACUCCGAAGUACUUCGUCGCCCACAGACGUGACAUAGCUGCUGGACGCGGCCACCUUCCCUUCCUCGCGUUCACAUUGGGCAGCUUUAAUCGAGCGUUCGCUGCACGGGCCAAUGACAUUGUUGCUUGGCCUUGAAAUCUGAGCGCCCGAUGCAGCGGCAAGGCAAGAAUGCACUCGAGAGCAAUACCAGUAUUGAGCAUUAUUGUUCAGCGUACAGCCCGAGGUAUUGCGUCCAGUGGAUUUGCCGCUGCGCCUUUUUGACACGGAGUCCCAAAUCGCAUCGCCAUUUUGACUCGCUGCCGCUUUGAGCACUCUCCAAACGGUUGUGUAACUGCGAGACCUUUGGCAGCCGCGAUCAUGGCGCAGCGACUGCGGCACCUAGUACUCGCCCUUGGCUUCUUCCUCCAGUAUUCUGUCGUAAGCGUCACUGGACAGCCCCAGUACCGCGUGGAAAGCGCGGCCAUGCUGCCAUCGAGCAGCCUCGUGACCUUUCCGUACCUUCCAGCCGCGCUGCUUCAGGGCGAGACGCUCUCGAAUCUCUCGCUACUCGCACACGCUCCGGUGCAGAUGGCACUCAACGUCAGCACCAACGUCGACGGCAACGCCACGUUUCGCAUGACACCGAGCAUCGUCAACUGUUCGACUGUUGCCACUCAGACCUUUGCCCUGCGCGUCGACGCCGUUAGCAAUACUACUGGCAACUACACGCUGACGUUCUAUGACGUGGCGACGACAUCGGUGCUCUACACCACUGUGGUGCUGGUGGUGCCGCCGCCGUUCGUCGCGUCCGUGACGGCACCGACGUGGACGGGCAAUGCGAUUUGGAACGACUCGUUUGACGCGCAGCCGUGGGGCGCAGUACCCAACACCGCGACGUCGAUUUGGGCCAAUAUCUCGCAAGGUUUUGUGAGCGACACAUGCACACCGGGCGGGAAAGCACUGUAUUUUACGCAUCUCUUUGCACGGUAUGCUGCCACGUCACCGAUCGACGUGCUCGGGUUUGACUUGCAGCUCGCGUUUACGUACGUCUACGGAUUUUUGCCCAAUCAGACGUACGACAGUGUUGGCAACAACACCUUGUCCUGUGUGCAAACAAGUCCCAACUCGCCUUUCAACGUCGAGUACUUUGCGGCCAACGACACGUCGUGGCAUGUGGUUACCGUCGUUCCAGUGCCCCCGACGCCGACGUCGGCGCGGCAGAAUCUGCUCUUGUCGCUGCCGCCGACCGCGAGCUCAAACGCAUCGUCGUUUCGUUGGAUCCAAGCCAAUCAAACAAGCGGCCGAGUCGGCUCGAUCCGCGGCACGCGGUACCAGUGGCAGUAUCGCAAUCUUUUCGAUCAGUGGGCGAUCGACGAUGUGAUUUUACGCGGGCGCGUGCGGGCUCCGGUGGCGACAACGCCGGCCCAAGUUGGCGUCGAUGCGAUAUCGGUGCAGCUGCAAGCCAACGCGACGGACAAUGUCAUUCUUACGACUAUCGGUGACGGCUCGCACGCGUUUCCGGUCUGCAACUUUUUGUCGUUGCCGUCGUCGACAACGACCGUCGUUCUGACAACGACCAGUGUCAUUCACGCCGUGGCGUGUGUCCGCCCCAACCAGCAGAGCUACGGGUACCGGUCCCCACGGUACGUCGUGCAGGCGCUGCCGCCGACACUUGUGAGUACAAAAGCCACCGAUGCGACGGGUUACUACACGGUGCAAGUGACGAUGCCCCGACCGAAUAUGACGCUGCGCUUUACGUUUGGCAAUGGAUCCGACGUGCCCAGUUGCACCUUCGGGAACGCGAUCGAGUUAAAAGACAAUGCGACGACGACGUCGAUGCUUCUCAAGAGCAACGGUGUCCUGCAAGCGGUCGCAUGCAUGCGCGGGCUCCUCGGUAGCACAGUUGUCCGACCACCGGCGUUUGUCGUGCAACCGCCGCCACCGACAGUUGCGUGGGUCAACGCUACAAGUAUUUCAGCGUCGGCGCUCUUCCCCGUCACGAUCCAAACGACAAGCAUCGAUGCGAGCCUCGUCGUCGUCGUCGCCGACGCCACCGACACGACGGCGCUUCCGUCGUGUCCGUUGAUCGUUGCGAAUGCAAUCAAUGCAACGUCUGUGACGCUGCAGCCCGGCCAGCUCGUGCGCGCCGUGAGCUGCUGCGUUACCACCGUGUGCAAUGACAGCGCAAUGUCCGUACUUGGUCCCGUUGUCGCGAGUGCCGCGCCGCCGACGUUAUCGUCGGAGUGCUCGACGACCGCCAUGGUCACGAGCGUCGUGACGGUGACGCCCGGGACGAUGACGGGCGUCGUCAAAUACGCCGUCAACUCGAAUGCCGUCGACUGCACCAGUCUUGGGACCUUGUACAGCGGCCCGUUUCCAGUCGCCAAGCCUUCAGGGGGCGCGGCCGUGGUUGUGACGGCCAUCACGUGUGUGCGCGGGCUCCUGUCCAGCACGGCACUGGUCGUCACUGUGCCCGUUGCCGACUGCUGUGCCAAUGCGAUUUGGUUUCCGUCGGCGGACCCGACGCUCGACUGCAGUCGCAUGGCGCUCUUUCGAGAUGAUUUCGCGAAUUGCGAUCUCUCGCAGUGGACACCCGCGACAACACAGUUUGGCGGCGCCACGAUCAACGGCGGUGUCCACGCCAACAACGUGCAGUGCGCGUUUGACGCAGCGCUGAACCGGUCGGUGCUCGUGCUCUUGGCCCACGGCGAUGCGUACACAGGGGCAAGUCCCAUCGGUGUCACCGUUGCCGCCAACGGAUCUGUUGUACCACGACUGGCAACGGCGCUAUUCAGCGGCUGGGCCUUGCCGGGUUCCCCGCCAUUUUUUCCCUGCAACCCCCGGGUUGAACUGUGUGCGACAAAGCGGGUGGGAGCGAGUGUCUCGACAACGGCGCGAUGGAACGCUGGCAUUGCGAGCUUCCUGAUGCAACCGUGCACGGCGUUUGGCACGAGCUCGGACGCGUGGUUGCGCAACCUUACCGACGUCGUUGUCGACGUCAACGCGUCAUACGUAGCGUACGCGGACCUCUGGCGCGCGAGCUUGGGCCAAGAACGUGCGCCGCCAGCGUUCCCGGAUGUCGUUUUUUCCUACCUCCGAGCCGACACCGCGUACCAUCACGUGUUCAUUCAGUGGAACGCGAGUGAGGGGCGCGCGAACUUGUACCGCGACGGCCAACUCGUCGGCAAAACUCGCCGUCUUCCCAUGACGACGGAUCCGUCGGCGCUGACACUGAACCUCUGGUUCCCGAACGCGUGGGCAGGGCUGCCGCAGUUUGAAUCGUGCGUCACCAAUGUCGCAGAUGUCCAAGUCGUGCAGCUCCAGGCGGCAGCCAACCGAUGGUGCGACUUUGAACAAGCGUCGGUGGCUUGCACUUCGGAUGCCGAGUGCAUUGGGUGGACGUCAACCCACUGUCUCAUGCCACUCGCGGUCGCCGUGUGCUAUGACGGGCAGUGCCGCUUUCAGAUGGACGCGACGUUUGGGGCGGCGGCCAUCAAGGCAGGCAAUCUCUUCUUAACGACCGUGUAAAGCUAAGGGCACCAUACUUUCCUUGUAUCAGAGA